AUGAGCAGCUCGAGUUGCUGUAUCAGACGGGCUGACUCUGAUGGAUACAAGAAUCCCAACAGAAACCUGCAGCUCCAGCUCAACACUGACGGCCCUAUUAAGUAUGUGGAGGUCCUGGGAGGGGACAUGUUGUCUCAGAGUCAGUCCUUCAGGUCGUGUCUCUCUCCAGUGUCAGAGUUCAGUGAUUUCACCCUCUUUAAGCCCAGCAGCACCACUGACUUUAAGGAAAUUAUAAACGUACUUGACGCAUCUUUACCUGACAGUGCGUGGACGUUCGAGAGCCAACAGGUGAGCAUAUUGUUUGGAUUCGUCAUAUUAGCUCCUAUUGGUAGAUUUCUACGCCCUAUGCAUAAUACCUCUGUGUGGUUUCAUAAAUAUGUUUCCUUCAAUGUUCUACCAUUUAUUUUUAUCCUAUGGAAAUCGUUAACAGCUUAAUUAAUUAUUUGGAUUGUCCAUUAAUUAGUUUGUGCUACGCUGUCUAUCGUCAGUGUUGCAUUUUGGUGUUGUCCACUGCCGUGGUGCUGAAGUGAAAGCAAAUGCAUGAAUUCUUCCUCACGUUGAUGGCCUGUUUUAUUAGUAGAUUUCUACGGCUGGGAUGGCUGCGUGGUUUCAUAAAUACAUCUCCUGCCUUUUCUUUCCAUUUUGCUUUUACUUUUGUUUUUGACUUAGGUUUUGCACGUGUUCUCUAGCAAUUAUUUGAACUGUCCAUGUCUUGAAUCGGUUUGUGCUGCGCAGUGUACACAGUGGUUCAGUUUCCCUUUGUUGUUCAGUUUGACGCUGUCCACUAUCUCUGUACUGAAAACUAAUAGGAAUGCCAAUAUUCUUCCCCACGUUGAUUCUGAAUCAACGGCCUAGAUUAUGUAUGUUCUGUCAGUAUAUAGUGUUUAUGAUCGGGGAUACAUUUUCAUGCAUAUAGGAGGUUUUGUGCUAUUUUAGAACUGUGUUUUUUAAUAAUACACAGUACAUACAAUUGUUGUGCUGUAGUUUUCACAUUAAUGUCAAUAUGCUAUUUUGACAGUAUUAUUCACCCAUUGGACUGGACUGGAGAAACACUGGCCUAUAGCAUUAACUCUCAUCCUCUAUCUUUGGUUGCACUGUUUCUUUAAUUCAGAACUGCUUCUAGUGGUAAUUAUUGGAGCUCUGUAAACCAAUCAUAAGCUGAACUGUACAAAGAGAUCUAGUCCCACCCCCAACCACACCACGGUAUCCCUUACCGUGUACAGAGCUGGGAGAGACAGAGCUAGGCUCACAUCGAUGUACAUGUAGCCUAUUGGAUUUAUAUCCGUUUUUACAUUGUUAAUUUAAUAAUUUACGGGGUCUUUGCAAGUUCCAUUGCGCUCUCUUGCGAUGUGUUACGGAUCAAGUUCUGUGUCUAUUGCACACUAUUUGUGGAGAUGUGGACGCUAGUAAAGACUAAGGUUUCGCCAUGGCAGGCGCCGUGGGUGUUCUUUCUCUUGUGGAAUACAAUUGAGGCGCAGACUCGAUACACCAUUCCUGAGGAAUUGAACGUGGGCUCUGUUGUUGGGAAUAUAGCUAAGGACUUGGGCUUGGAAAUCUCAAAGAUCUCUGAUCGUAAACUGAGGAUAGCCUCCGAGGCUGGUAAGCAGUAUUUCAGUGUGGAUUUGGGAAAGGGCGAACUCAUUGUUAAUGAGAGAAUAGACAGAGAGAUUCUGUGCGCACAAAGCGCCAGUUGUUUGUUACCCCUGGAGCUUAUCAUUGAGGAUCCACUGCAGUUUUAUCGGAUUGAGGUGGAAAUACAGGAUAUAAAUGACAAUUCUCCACGUUUCAUGUCAGACGAGAACACUAUAAAAGUGUCCGAAUCAACUCUCCCUGGUGUUCGGUUUCGUUUGGAAAGGGCACAGGACCUUGACGUUGGAGUCAAUGCUUUACGCUCAUAUGCUCUGAAUAAAAAUGACUUAUUUGCUUUGAAAGUUAAAAACAAUAAAGAUGGCACAAAAGUUCCCGAGCUUAUUCUGGAAAAGGCUGUAGACCGGGAACAGCAACCAGUGCACAACCUAAUUCUUACCGCAUUUGAUGGAGGUACUCCAGCAAGAUCUGGAACCACGCAAAUUGCAGUGCGGGUGCUAGACAUAAAUGACAAUGCGCCCAUUUUUGAGCAAGACUUAUACGAAAUCCAACUGAGCGAAAGUACAGUUCCCGGGACAUUAGUAUUGACGGUUAGAGCCAACGACUUGGAUGAAGGCACAAACAGUAAAAUAGAGUAUUCAUUCGAAUCACAUACAGCAGACUCCAUUCAAACGCUAUUUGUUAUAAAUCUAGACACUGGAGAAAUUACUUUAUCACAGUCAUUAGAUUAUGAGAAAAGUCCUUCAUUUAAAUUUGAUGUAUGCGCUGCAGACAAGGGUACGCCAUCUAUGGAGAGCCAUAGCAGUGUUCAAGUGACUGUAGUAGAUGUUAAUGAUAACCCACCCGAGAUCACCAUCACCUCCAAACCCAAACCCGUUAGAGAGGAUGCCCCAGUAGGUACUAUGGUAGCUCUGAUUAGUGCCAAGGAUUUAGACUCUGGGGACAAUGGUAAGGUCUCCCUUCGUAUGUCUUUUGAUUACCCUUUCAAAUUAAACCCCUCAUUUUCUAAUCAUUACACACUAGUAACAGAUUCAACAUUAGACCGAGAGAAAUACCCUGAAUACCGUAUUGAGCUUGAAGCAUCGGAUGCAGGGUCCCCACCUCUCACCUCAAAUAAAAUCAUAACACUGAAUAUUUUAGACGUUAAUGACAACCCUCCAAUUUUCUCCCAAACAUCUUACACUGUUUAUGUCAAAGAGAACAAUGCUGCCGGAUCAAUAAUGUGUUCAGUGUCCGCUACAGAUCGAGAUAUUGGAGAAAAUGCCAAGAUCUCCUAUUCUAUAUUAGACUCUAAAGUACAAGACGUGCCUGUCUCCUCCUAUAUUUACAUAAACUCAGAUAACGGCAGCAUCUACAGCAUGUAUUCGUUUGACUAUGAGAAAAUGAAGGUGUUUCAGAUUCAGGUGCAGGCAAAGGACCACGGCUCUCCGUCUCUGAGCAGCAACGCCACGGUUCAUGUUUUUGUCCUGGACCAGAACGACAAUGCCCCCGCUGUUAUUUACCCCUCCACUGUAAUGGGUUCUGUUUCCCAUCAGAAGAUGACCCGGUCCGCUAAAGCAGGCCACCUCGCCACUAAGAUAUCGGCAGUGGAUGCAGACUCGGGCCAUAACGCCUGGAUUUCCUAUUGGCUGGUGGAGGUCACAGACUCGUCUCUGUUCAGUGUUAAUAUUAAUACAGGUGAGGUGAGGACUAAACGCGCUGUUUCUGAGCAGGAUGACUCCUCUCAGAGGCUGCUUAUAGAGAUAAAGGACAAUGGGGUUCCGGUCCAGUCCGCCACAGUCACAGUCAACAUACUGUUAGAGGACGGGAUACACGAACCCAUCUCGGACCACCGCCAGAAAACAGCAGAGACCAGCAAGAGAAACAGUAAAAUCACCUUUUAUUUGAUCAUCUCUCUGGCCUCAGUGUCCGUCUUGUCUUUGUUGACUUUUCUCAUCUUAGUGGUGAAGUGCGUUAGAAACAGUAUGAGCAGCUCGAGUUGCUGUAUCAGACGGGCUGACUCUGACGGAUACAAGAAUCCCAACAGAAACCUGCAGCUCCAGCUCAACACUGACGGCCCUAUUAAGUAUGUGGAGGUCCUGGGAGGGGACAUGUUGUCUCAGAGUCAGUCCUUCAGGUCGUGUCUCUCUCCAGUGUCAGAGUUCAGUGAUUUCACCCUCUUUAAGCCCAGCAGCACCACUGACUUUAAGGAAAUGAUAAACGUGCUUGACGCAUCUUUACCAGACAGCGCGUGGACAUUCGAGAGUCAACAGGUGAGAAUAAAAAAAUAAUUCGUUUUAUAUGUUUCUUCUCUAGAGUAGAUCUCAUUUUAAUAAUAACCUUGUGUAUUGUUUUUAAAGGUUUAUUGUACUUGGUCUCUCAUCAUCAGAAAUGCGUUUUGGACUUGUGUAGAUUAGUACUUCUAAUAUAGCCCACCGCCUGCCGCAUUCUUGUGUGUGGCGCUGUCCACCAAUGUGGGCCUGAAACGGAAAAAAACACCUUUAUUCUAACAAUGGCGUUUUAAAUUGGCACCCUAGCAUAACAUUGCAAACGUGUUAAAUAUAUUCUGGAUUUCAUCGAAAUAUAUUUAAUUUUCAGCUUUCAAAACGACUUUUUGUUUGGUUCCACAACAUGAAUAUGGUGCUCCCAUUUGUUGAAACAGAUUGUUUAUCUUCUUGACUGGCUUUGAGGUUAUGAUGUUUCUUUGUCUUCAAAUGUGGUUUUGUGUCAUAUCCAUUAAUACGUUCUAGACUGCCUCUGAAGUUAUGUGUGUGUUACAUUGUGAUAUUUUUGGCGCUCUGGCAGUGUGUGAUAUUCAUUAUUACAACUUAGAAUACCUCUGAAGUCAUGUGCGUCACUGUUACACUAUUACAUUUUUGGCGCGCUGGCAGUGUGUUUUAUUCAUCAUGACGACAUUCGUAAAUUCACUCCACAGUUACAGUCACCAACUCUCUGAAUAACAUGAAAACAGCCUAACCAGCUCUGCUAGGGCGAGUAAAAUGGUCAGAGUGAUAUUUUCUCUCCUUUGUGUCUGGAAGUAGCUAGCAAGCUAGCCAACGUUAUCCAGUUAGCUUGGAUGCUUGACUGCAGUUGUGAGGUCAGAACGCUCGGAUCAACCCUACUCCUCGGCCAGAGCGUCCAGUGUGCGUUCUGAACGCUCCAAGAGCGAAACGCUCUGAAUUUAUGAACGGACAAUCUGACAACGCUCUGAAUUUACGAACGACCAGAGUGCAGUCUGAGCAUACUCUGGCACUCCAGAUUGAAUUUACGAACGCACCCAUAGAAUACAUCUGGAGUAUGCGUCACUGUUACAUUGUGACGCUAUGACGUGGAAAGCAGAAUGACAAUAACAGUACUAGCUAGUGUAAUAGAUCUAACUAUGACUCAUUUAACAUGUGGCUGUUAAAACAGCUCAUGGUCAUUAGGAGGGAUAUUCAUAACAGCUCCUCUCACUCUUGCAUCAUGAUCUGGACUGUUUCUUUAAGGAGCAGUGCUGCUGCUCACAAUCAUAAUCCUUUGGAGCACUAUGCACCAAUCAUGUGUUGAACUGUACAACGAGAUCUAGUCCCUCCUCGAGCCACAGAACCAUAACCAUAACAAUGCACAGAUGAGCUGGGAGAGAGGGAGCUGCAAUAUCAGUAGGACAGUGAUAACAAACCAUUUUGAGAUGUUCACCAAAAUGAUACCUGGAUAAUUUCUAAUCCAACAUUUUCUGGCAAUGUAUAGCAAACCACGUUGUCUACCCAGUCUACAUUUUGUGAAAAAAUGGGGAUUCCUAUCGGAAUUGUGUUUUUUCCUUUGCGGACGCUUUGGAUGUUCUUUCUCUUGUGGAAUACAAUAGAGGCGCAGACACGAUAUACCAUUCCUGAGGAACUAAAUGUGGGAUCCGUUGUUGGGAACAUAGCGAUAGAUCUGGGUUUGGGAAUCUCUGAGAUAUCUGAACGUAAAUUGAGGAUAGCCUCGGAGGGUGUCAAGCAGUAUUUCAGCGUGGAUUUGGGAAAAGGCGAGCUCCUUGUCAAUGAGAGAAUAGACAGAGAGAGUCUGUGCGGACAAAGCGUCAGCUGUAUGUUGCCUUUAGAGGCUAUAGUACAAAACCCACUACAGCUCCAUCGUGUUGAAAUUGAGUUACAGGAUAUAAAUGACAAUUCUCCAGUUUUUCAAAACAAUCAAAAUGUUCUAAAUAUUGCAGAGUCUACAUUGACAGGUGUACAAUUUCGUUUAGAAUCGGCUCAAGACCCCGACGUGGGUUCAAAUUCAAUACGUUCCUACACGCUAAGUAAAAACGACAAUUUUAUUUUAAAUGUCAAAACGAGCAAGGAUGGAACCAAAGUCCCCGAGUUGGCUUUGGAAAAAAUGUUGGAUAGAGAACACAUACCAGCACACAAUCUAAUUCUGACAGCCAUAGAUGGUGGAACUCCAUCCCGGUCAGGCACAACAAAAAUCACUGUUCGGGUGUUGGACCAAAACGACAAUGCACCUGUUUUUGAAGAAUCUUUAUAUGGCUUGAAAUUGCUGGAAAACACACUUAUCGGUACUGUAGUUUUGACUGUCAAAGCUGUAGAUCUUGACGAAGGUGGCAAUGGCGAAAUAUGGUAUUCAUUUGAACCACAUACUCCUGAAUCACUUCAGAAUCUAUUUUCUAUCGACUCACAAACGGGAGAGCUCGCCAUUAAGGGUGAAUUAGAUUUUGAAACAGGACGCUUUUUUAAAUUUGAUGUUCUUGCUACAGACAAAGGCCAGCUAACUAUGCAGGGAUUGUGCACUGUUGAGGUAGAUGUCGUGGAUGUGAACGACAAUGUUCCUGAUGUUAUUUUGAAAUCUGAUCCUACCCCCGUUAGGGAGGACGCACCUAUUGGAACUGUUGUGGCUCUGCUAAGCGCCAAGGACAUAGACUUUGGACAUAAUGGGAAAGUCACUCUAAGUUUACCACCAGGCGUACCUUUUAAAUUAAAACAAUCAGUGUCCAAUAAUUAUGCUUUGGUUACCGACUCCAUUUUGGAUCGAGAAUCAUUUCCGGAUUACACCAUUGAGAUAACGGCAGCUGAUGCUGGAUCACCUCCUCUCUCAUCCAAAAAGAUGAUUACUGUCAGUGUUCUUGACGUCAAUGACAAUUCGCCAAUGUUUUCCCAACCAUCUUACGCUGUUUAUGUCAGAGAGAACAAUGCUGCUGGAUCAAUAAUGUGUUCAGUGUACGCUACAGAUCCAGAUAUAAGAGAAAAUGCAAAGAUCUCCUAUUCUAUAUUAGACUCUAAAGUACAAGAUGUGUCUGUCUCCUCCUAUAUUUACAUAAACUCAGGUAACGGCAGCAUCUACAGCAUGUAUUCGUUUGACUAUGAGAAAAUGAAGGUGUUUCAGAUUCAGGUGCAGGCAAAGGACCACGGCUCUCCGUCUCUGAGCAGCAACGCCACGGUUCAUGUUUUUAUUCUGGACCAGAACGACAAUGCCCCCGCUGUUAUUUACCCCUCCGCUGUCAUGGGUUCUGUUUCCCAUCAGAAGAUUCCCUGGUCCGCUAAAGCAGGCCACCUCGCCACUAAGAUAUCGGCAGUGGACGCAGACUCUGGCCAUAACGCCUGGAUUUCCUAUAGGCUGACGGAGGCCACCGACUUGUCUCUGUUCAGUGUGAUUCUUUACACGGGAGAGGUGAGGACUAAACGCGCUGUUUCAGAGCAGGAUGACUCCUCUCAGAGGCUGCUUAUAGAGAUAAAGGACAAUGGGGAGCCGGUCCAGUCCACCACAGUCACAGUCAACAUAAUGUUAGAGGACAGGCUCCACGAGCCCAUCUCGGACUACCGCCAGAAAACAGCAGAGCCCAGCAAGAGAAACAGUAAAAUCACCUUUUAUUUGAUCAUCUCUCUGGCCUCAGUGUCCGUCUUGUCUUUGUUGACUUUUCUCAUCUUAGUGGUGAAGUGCGUUAGAAACAGUAUGAGCAGCUCGAGUUGCUGUAUCAGAAGGGCUGACUCUGACGGAUACAAGAAUCCCAACAGAAACCUGCAGCUCCAGCUCAACACUGACGGCCCUAUUAAGUAUGUGGAGGUCCUGGGAGGGGACAUGUUGUCUCAGAGUCAGUCCUUCAGGUCGUGUCUCUCUCCAGUGUCAGAGUUUAGUGAUUUCACUCUCGUUAAGCCCAGCAGCACCACUGACUUUAAGGAAAUGAUAAACGUGCUUGACGCAUCUUUACCAGACAGUGCGUGGACUUUCGAGAGCCAACAGGUGAGCCCGUAG